GAAACUGUAACGUUGUUUUCAGAAUGGACAGAAAUACAAAAAAAAGGAAAUUGCCUGCUGGAUGGGUGGUACGCUACUCAACUCGUCGUCCUAAUACAAUUUUUUAUUUUAACACUAAGUCUGGAGAAUCAUCUUGGACUCAUCCUGCAAAAUCAUCCUCAACAAAAAAUAUAGAGGAUUCUGCAAUCCAUAAGAUUUCAAGUGGAAAUACUAAAUUAUCAAGAAAUAAAAUUAAAAAUGAACCACAGCACAAAAAAUUAACAAAGUCACACGACCAACUCAAGAAACAGUUGUUGAAUGAGCUAAGGAAGGUAAAGAAUGAGGUGAAACUUCCUGCAAAUUCUGUUAAAAGUGACAAUGUAGAAUAUAAGGAAAAACCUGAAACAUCUGGUUCAUUGAAGAGAAUUGUUUCACUAAAAGUGCUUUCAGAAAAUAAAAAGACACGUAAAAAUAAAAAAAAAUAUACUUUACAAAACUGCUGUUUUGAAUCAAACUCAACAAUAUCAGUAGCAAUAAAUAAUGAUGAUAAAACUCCAAGUAGCAGAAAUAUAGUGUGUAAAGAUUUGAUCACUCCAGAAAGAAAAUGUUUAUCAAGUAAUAAUUCUGCUCACUUCAAAGAUUUUGAUGAAAAAGAAUCAGACGAUGUUGAAAUGAUUGAUUUAACUAAUUUUUUGAACUCUGAAUCUAUACAACCAAUGCAAACUGAAGAAGUUUCAUCCAGUCAUGAUCUAUUUAUUGUUGUAGAUACAAAUAUCUUCCUUUCUCAUUUAAAAUAUGUAAAAUGUUUAAUAGAAUUGCAGAUAACAGAAUAUGGUGUGCCAUUAGUUAUUAUACCUUGGGUUGUUAUUCAAGAGCUUGAUUCUUUAAAAAAUAACAGAAAUGCAAAGAAUAUUUUUCACAAAGCUACGGAAGCUGUUCAUUUUGUUUUCAAGAAACUAAAAUCUGGUCAUCCUAGAAUACGAGGCCAAACUGCAACAGAGGCUUCAUUUUGUGAAAAUAAUUUAAAUGCUGAAUGCAAUGACGACAAAAUUCUACAAUGUUGUAUGCAGCUUUCUCAAAAAUAUGGAAAAGACCAUGUAAUUCUCUUGACAGAAGAUAAGAAUUUAAGUAGUAAAAGUAUUAUCAAUGGUAUUAAAGCAAAGUCAAGUACCGAUCUUUCAAAGGAUUUAAAAUUUAGUGUAGGUCAAAGUACAAAUUCUAAAAUGACUCCAAAUAAAAUUCUACCAGAUUUAUCAGCUGAAAAACAAAUUGAACAGAAAAAGAAAAAGGAAAUAGAAGGUAUUGUAGAUGAAGUUCAAGAUGUUACGAAACACAUUCUUGCAGCAGUUAUUGAGUCAGAAAUGAGAGAGAUAUUUGAAGACAUAUGGUCCCGGAUUGUGAUUGUAAAGCCACCUUGGACAUUAUUGGACACACUAAAAUGCAUUGAAUGGUUAGUAUGCUAAUUGUACCCCAUUGAUAACUGUUUGUUUUUUAAUUUCUCAACAUAAUUAAAAAUACAUUGCCAAAUAAUUACCAGAAAUUGUUAAAUAAAAUACAAAAUGUUGGCUUUCACCAUCUAAAUUUAUUUUGUCACCUCCAAAACAGGUCCCAUUUGAUGCAAAACACAUCUGCCAACGAACACUCCAGUCAUCAAAACACUUCUUAUAAGCACUUUCUGGUAUGGCCUGCAGUUCUCUGUGUUAAUUUUCUUUUAUUUCUUCAAUAAACUCAAAACAUUUUCCACAAAGUGGUAAUUCAAGUUAGGGGAAGAGGAAAAAGUCACAUGGGGCCAUAUCUGGAGAAUAAGGUGCUUAGUUGAUGACAUGGCAUUUAUUGCAUUUUUGGUUAAAAAUUUACAUAUAAGGUUUUAUAUGUGAGACAGUGCAUUAUCAUGGUGCAACAUCCAAGAAUUGGCUCUUCCACUAAUCUGGCCUUUUCCAGCAAACAUUCUCUCUCAAAUGCCUCAUAACACCCAUAUAAUACUGUAUUGUGACUGUUUAUCUCUGGAAUAAAUUCCGAAUGGACAACAUCACAGCCCGCUAGUGACCAAGUGGUUUUUGUCCCUGAACACUGAGAGUUUGGUCAUGGGUUCACAUCAUGCUUGGACGGCCUGGCCACAGAGUUUUCCGGGUUUUCUCCACAUUUGUAACGCCUAAAUAGGGGCCAGUUACCCUUAAAAAGUCCUACCCUAUCAUCCCUCUAGGUAGACCGCCCAAGUAUUACAUUGCCAUAACUUAAUAAAACAAACAAACAAGACGACAACACAACAUUCAAAGAAACAGUUGAC